GAUAACAACGUUAGUUUCCAUUUUUUCCAAGAAAGGAGGAGUCAAUAUAAAGAACUCUAGCUAUGGAUUGAAAGUUCAGACGAGAUUGAGAGAAGUCGAUAGAAAUCUCAAAUACUCACAAGUGAACUCUGCUGUUCACGGUAAGAUCUGCCAGCAGGUAGCUUAAGAACAAUGUUGAUCAUUGUUUACUUGGUUGUCGUGGUGAUCUUUACGGUCCCGUGUCAGGGUAAACAUGAAGACUGCGAUAUUUUUCCUAAGAAUCCAGUUGUGGAAAUGGGAUCAGAUUUGUUGUUAACCUUUGCAAAAUCCUUUGGCAUUCCAUGCUUGACAUACGAUCCUAGAAAGAUAAUCUGGAAACUGAAUGGAAAAAAGAUCCCAGAAGAGCACUAUGGUUUCAUGAAUUCAACUGGUGCCAGUGUUGUCAUUAGAAACGUUUCAUCCCCUACAGGAGAUGUGUCAUGCAAUUUACGUGUAGCCGGGAAAGACAUUCUUAUUGCAGUUACCGAUGUGAAAGCUGGAUUUCCUCCAGAAAAGCCCCAAAAUAUUUCCUGCAUCCAGUUUUUUAGGAAGAAUGUUGCUUGCAGCUGGGACCCUGGAAAAAAUACCUUCUUGGAAACUGAGUUUAGUGUUACAUACACGUUUGGAUAUGAUUUCAGUGAGAUAUUUUUUUAUAGAACAAAACACCACACCUACCAGUUUGAGGAUGGGGAUUUGCAAUUGUUUGCACCCCUCAACGUAACUGUAAAAGCGGAAAAUGCCUUGGGCGAAGCAUUCUCUGAUGUUCUUCAUGUAUUCGGAUUAGAUAUAGUGAAACUGGAGCCGCCUGUAAUUAGUUUGGAAAAUCCCAUCUUGAGGAGCAGCAUUAGAGUAAACUGGGGAAGGCCAAAGGCACCACGUAAUUUAGGAUUGAAUUGUGAAGUCCAGUACCAAGAGACUGGUUCAAACAAAUGGAGUGUAUCAGCUAUCAACAUGAGUCUAAAAAAAGAAGAAUCUUUUGAUAUAGAAAAUCUAAAGCCCUUUACCAACUACACUGUGUCAGUUCGCUGUAUUGGAGAUAAAAUGCAAAUCCAUUGGAGUGACUGGAGUUCAGAGAUUACUGCUACUUCACAUGGAGACGUGCCAUCAGAAAAGCCAGACCUUUGGAGACAAAUUAAUGCUCCAGAUGAAGAAGGAAACAGGAUGGUUCAACUCUUGUGGAAGGCAUUACAGAUACCCACUUCAAAUGACGGCACGUUUUGGUUCAAAGUACAAUGCAAAUCAAAGAGCAAACCCUGGCCAGACCUGGUUUUAAAUACGACCAGUUUGAAGGCAUCCCUGAAUCUCACAAAGGAAGCCUUUGAAAUAAGUGUGGUUGCUUUCAACUCUUUUGGCGACUCUCCCAAAGCGGUAUUGGUAGUUCCUGCAGUAGGUGAAAAAGGUCUCCAGCAAGUGAAAGAAGUAGAGGCUUUUUCUUAUAAGGAUCUCAUAUGGGUCAAGUGGAAGACCCCUGAUGUGCCAGUAAAUACAUACAUAAUUGAUUGGUGCAUGGAUGAUGAGACCUGUGAAAUAGACUGGCAAUAUACUAAUACAACUAAUGUGUCCCUGAAUGGUGCAUCCGAGCCAUAUCAGCGUUAUAACAUUACAGUUUCCCCUCUGUUUGAUGGAAAGCCAGGAACACCGGUGUCAGUGCAGACAUACCUGAAGGAAGCAGCGCCAGGACCAGUUUCUGAUGUGCAGGCAUUUAAUGUACAACAAACCACAGCAACAAUAAAGUGGAGAGAAAUCCCCAAGAAUGAACGCCACGGAUUCAUCACAAACUACACUAUAUUUUACAAAGAUGACAAAGGACUAGAGUCCUAUGUAACGGUGAACAGCAGCAUCUUGGAGUAUUUGCUGGAUUCUCUGCUGCCCAACACAAAGUACAUUGUUCAUGUAAUGGCUAGUACUAAAGCGGGACAGACCAACAGCUCUGAAACUUUCUUUACAACAGUCAGAUAUAGUCUCCCUUUUAUUAAAUACAGCUCUCUGGCUGCUGGACUGGGUAUCGUCGCGAUCAUCAUUUUAGGAAUUUCUACCUUUGCUAUGGCGAAAAAAUAUCUGCUUCCUGAAAUACCAGAUCCUGCACGUAGCAGUAUUAGUAAAAUGCCACUGGAGAACAUUUUUACGGCCAAUUUAAACAAGUCUAAGCAAGACGGUGAAAAUUUUGUGUAUAAUUUGUUAAUCAUUGAGAACGCCUCAGAUCUGCCUCUUCAGAGACCUUCUAUAAUCAGCGCUGAGAGUAAACUCAUCACACCGAUCAACCCUCCCAGAGGACCCAGCCAGGCACAAUUGUCAUUAGACUAUUACGUUUCAGGAGAUGGAUAUCGCAAGCAAAUGUUGGCAGAAAAAAUGUUAAACCGGUCACUCUCGAAUCAGCCUCUCCUGUCAGUCUCCUCCACUGAGUUGCAGAGUGAACCUGGGUCUCCUUCAUACAGCAAAAAUGAAGAGAGCCCCAUGGAGGACAUUUCAGAGAUCAAUGUUUUUGAGGAGACCCCAUCAGUCAAUGCGUACCUGAAGAACUCUGUCAAAGCCAGGGAGCUUGUAGUUAGAGAAAACAAACAUUAUCUUUGUUAUGAAAAAGGAACAACUCCUGAGCCAAGUGUUAUGAGUAAUGCAAAACAAAACAGUGCUGGGCAGGCUUAUGUUACAGUAGACAUGUUUUCACACAACUUAAGCAAUUCAUGCAAUCCAAGUGCAGUGAUGGAACGGAAAGAGAAUAUAAAAUAGACAAGGAGAUGCUGGCAGUUAACAGGGUUUGAUGUCUGUUAAUUUAAUUAUCAGAAAUAUAAAUAUAUAUAUAUAUAUAUGAGAGAGAGAGAUAUAGUACAUACACAUUAUGGAAACAGCAAAUGAUUUAGGGGUGGGUAUUGUAUUGCUCAUUUUUCCUCACUCAUACCCCAUACUUACUAAAUAUCCUGGUACCUCUGAAUAGAUAAUCGUCUUCUCUUUAAAAUAUGCAAAAUAUUUUAAUGAGCAGUCUGUCCCACAAGCAUUAUUGUUGUUAUGUGCCUCUUGUCCAUUGCAUAGCUGAACAGCCAUUAUUAGAUUUUUUUUUUUUUUUUUUUUAAAUAUAACUUGACGUUCCUCUGGACGAUACAGUAAAAGGGUGUGGUCUAUCACCAGUCAGUUGAGGAAUGUUUCAUGAAAAGGGCCCAGCCGUAUCAAUGGCUUCAGUUUGAAUAACAAAAAGAGGUUACUGAAAGAAAACCAUAUAAGUAUAAUAAUUUUAAAAAGUAUGAAAUAUGUCAUCUUAAAUAUAUUUUUACAUUUAUAGGACAAGCAAUAACAGGCAGUUUGUCCAAGUAUGGUAGUACGAGUCAGAGUGGAGACGUCUAUAUCGAUGAUUCACAAGACCUUGUUGAUACUUGAUUGUAGAAUGCUUGUUCUGUUUAUCUUGGCAGAAUCCUCCUCAAGUUUACGAGGGGAACUUGAAGAUAUCAAGUGACACUAUAAUUAUAAUUAUACCGGAGAUACAGUCCACUGCUCAUAGCUUUAUGCCUCCUCAUACAGAGACAAAUGUAAUGUUAUUGCAGAAAGAACAUAGUAGUGUGAAAAUGCAUGUCUGAAGACAAACUAUAGCUUAACCAAAUAUAUCCUCUUUAUUCAUUGUAACUACCUUUCAGACUUAUCAAAAGACAUGUAUUGUGGUUUUCCAGAAUUCAUAUAAAGAUACUCCACCCAGCAUGUGGUGUUUUUGGUUACAUAGUUAAUAAUUUAAAAUGUGAGUAAAGGUGAGUAAAGCAAAGACAACAACAAAAAAUGCAUUGAAGUGUUUUUUUCCCCAAAGUUGUCAGGUGACAUUUAAUACAUGGAUUUAAAUGAAGGGACCAAAAUAUGUGUCAGAGUUCACAGUUUAAAGUAAUAGCUUACUACAAGAGUAACUCCUCAUUUUUCUCUUUCCACUACCAAUGUAAGUGGGGGUAAACAUUGCAGAGCAUUUCUAAAGUUCCGUUGAGUUUUUUGUUUAAAACUGUAAAAAUAUGUUAUAUUGAUUGUAUUACUGAAUGUUUAUUGUUAUGCUUAUGUUGCAGUUUUGUUGCAAUUUUUCAAUCUUGUCUAACCCUAAAACUAACCCUAACCCUAAUCCCUAAUGUGGUACGGUUUUUCAUUGCCCAUCUUUCUGCAUUAAUGCAUUAUGUCUUAAGAGCCAUUUUGUAAUUCCUUUUCUUUGUCCCACAAAAACAACGGAGACAAAAAUAAAAUAUUCUAAAAUC